AUGAGAAACUCCAAAUCUGAACUAGAUUUAUUAAAACAGGAGAAUGCCAGACUUAUGGCUAGAAUUGCAGAAUUGGAACAGAUUGUGAAAGAAAAAAAUGAGCUUGAAUUCUUUCCCAUACAUCUGCAAAUCAUUAGUAAAUUGAAAA